AUGAGGACCUACACGACAUGCAGCGCGGUCGUGCUCGCACUCCUACUGGGCGCAGCGCUCGCUAAUGCUGCAAUCCUGCAGCAGCGAGAUGUGCUGAAGACCUUCAUCGAAGCCAGAGCCAGGGCGAACGGGCACGUCAGGCCAGACACAUAUGCGGAGGAGGACACAUGGGCCGACCCGGACAGCAGCUUCAAGCACCUUCCCACCAAGUGCUCCACCCCGCCGCCCGGCACUAGGGAGGCCGACAAGAUCGCGGCGCUGCCCGGCCAGCCCCCGCGCGUCAACUUCGACCAGUACUCCGGCUACGUCACGGUGAGCGAGCAGCACGGCCGCGCGCUCUUCUACUACUUCGUCGAGUCCCCAUACGAGGCCGCCUCCAAGCCCCUCGUCCUCUGGCUCAACGGCGGGCCAGGCUGCUCGUCGCUGGGCGCCGGCGCCUUCCAAGAGCUUGGCCCGUUCCGUGUGAACCCCGACGGCAAGACCCUCAGCAGAAACAGGCACGCGUGGAACAACGUGGCAAAUGUACUCUUCCUGGAGUCGCCGGCGGGUGUGGGGUUCUCGUACUCCAACACGUCGUCCGAGAACUACGUGAGCGGUGACAGGAGGACAGCGAUCGAUGCCUACAUCUUCCUGCUCAACUGGCUAGAGAGGUUUCCCGAGUACAAGGGGCGGGACUUCUUCAUUGCCGGAGAGAGCUAUAGCGGCCACUACGUCCCUCAGCUUGCCUCUGUCAUCAUCGCCCUCCAUAAACUCGGUCUCACAAGCAUGAACCUCAAGGGGAUUUUUGUUGGCAACCCUCUUCUUGACGACUACAAGAACGACAAGGGAUCACUGGAGUUCCUGUGGAAUCACGGUGUGAUGUCCGACGAGGUGUGGGGCGACAUCAGCGCGCACUGCAGCUUCGGGCGGGUCGAGGGCAAAGCUUGUGGCCAAGCCAAGGACUCAUUCAGAGCCGGCCACAUCGAUUACUACAAUAUCUACGCCCCGAUCUGUCUUGUGUCGCGAAACGGCACUCUCUACUCCAGCAGCUACUUAGCAGGCUAUGACCCGUGCAUCGGUGCCCAUGUCAGCGUCUACUUCAACAAACCUGAGGUGCAGAAGGCUAUACAUGUCCGAACCAAGACAGAGUGGUCAGAGUGCGCUGGUGACAUGGAUGACGUGUGCCCCAUUACCGCGACGAGGUACUCUGUGAAGGAUCUCGGUUUGGCCAUCACUAAACCGUGGCGUCCGUGGUACACCCCUCAAAGCGAGGUUGGAGGAUACGCUCAGCAAUAUGAGGGAGGGUUCACGUUUGCCUCUGUGCGAGGAGCUGGCCAUCUUGUUCCUAGCUUCCAGCCUAAGCGAUCGCUUGUUCUAUUCUACUCAUUUCUAAAAGGUGUUCUGCCACCUGCCUUCCCGAAAGUGAGUGAGUGA